AUGCUGCCGAUUCGAUUGAGUAGCACAAGUGACCCCAUGAAUGAAGAGGCGAUUUUCCGUUCGGCGCCGAUGUCCCUUGUCCAAUUCUACGUCACCAACGAGUUGGCCCGAGAUGUGGUUUAUGCUUUGGGGCGACUUGGAAAUGUCCAUUUUCGGGACUUGAACUCCAAGCUCACGCCGUUCCAACGUACUUUCCUCAACGAGCUUCGAGGUAUCGAUGUCAUCGAGUCCCAAUUGACGUUUCUCGAGACCACCAUGACCAAACAUCACACCAUUAAAGGAUACAUAUAUCAAAACCUCCAGGCCGACACGGCGCCGUUCCUGUCGCUCUCGGAGAUGGACGACUUGGCCACCAAGGUCGCCGACUUCUACGAGCGGAUCAAACACCUAGACGACGCAUAUAACCAUUUAAGCAGCCAAAGACUGCGGUUAUUGCAAAAUCGGCACGUAUUAACCGUUGUCAACGAGUUCCAGAACACGGCGUUGAUAGUGAAUGACAACGACGGACAGUUGCGAGGCUCUUUGGAUGGCGACAGUGAUAACGUGGCAUUGUUGAACCACCGUGAGCCUCUGCUUGAGUUGGGGUUGGAGACGGCCGAAAUUAACGACUCAUUCAACGCCAUUGCCGGUGCUAUAAGCCGGGAAAAGGUGCCUCUUUUGCGGCAGAUUCUUUGGAGAGCCUUGCGUGGUAACUUGUACUUUUACGAUGCUCCUAUUGAUGCUGAUGAGGAGGUCAAUGUGUUUUUAAUUUACCUCCAUGGAGACAUGCUCAAGCAGAAGGUCAAGCGGAUCGUCCAAUCGUUGGACGGAACCUUGUACGAUAAUGUGUAUGGCACCACCGAAGCUCGGUUGGCGACGCUUGACGAGCUCAAUGAAAAAGUCCAGGACUUGGACACGGUGGUGGCCAGUACCAAGAACCAUCUUAUUGCCGAGUUGAUGAUUCUACAGGAAUCCUUCACCGACUGGGUGUACUGUAUCAGACGAGAGAGGAAUAUUUACAACACCUUGAACAAGUUUGACAUGGAUGGAACCCGAAGGUGCUUGGUGGGUGAAGGGUGGAUUCCUCGAGCUGAGUUUCAAAAGGUCCGCACCACCUUGCGAAGCUUGAUCCGAUCCAAGAUGCAGAGUUCGGGUGCAAUUCUUGGGUCGCAGGAAGAGAUUUCUCUCGAGAAUGGCGAAACGGUGGCGCCAACGGUGGCCAAUACACUCUUUGCCAUUGAUGACACCGUCAACGAUGUACAGAGUUUAGAUAGCGAUGACGACCAGUACAACCAGUUGGUGGCGGUGGUGAACGAGUUGGCCACUAAUAGAACUCCUCCCACGUAUCAUAAGACCAACAAGUUCACCCUGGCGUUCCAGCUGAUUGUCGAUGCGUAUGGGGUAGCCACCUAUCAGGAAGUAAAUCCCAGUUUAGCUACCGUCAUCACGUUCCCGUUCAUGUUUGCCAUUAUGUUUGGAGAUAUUGGCCAUGGGAUCAUUCUCGCGUUGAUAGCGUUGUACCUUGUGAAGAACGAGAAGAGGUUUGGAGACAUGAGAAACAAAGACGAGGUAUUUGAUAUGGCCUUCAGUGGCAGAUACGUGUUGUUACUCAUGGGAUUGUUCUCGGUGUAUACCGGGUUUCUUUAUAAUGACAUCUUCUCCAAGUCUAUGACCCUUUUCAAGCCCGGUUGGAAAUUCGAAUUUCCCAAAAACUACGAUUACAGUAAAGAUGGAGCUAUCACUCUUUCAGCUUCGAGAGUAUCGGGUUAUGUCUACCCAUUUGGCUUGGAUUGGAGUUGGCACGGGACCGACAACAAUCUUUUAUUCACCAAUUCUUAUAAAAUGAAGCUUUCGGUACUCAUGGGAUUUAUCCACAUGAACUAUUCGCUAUUCUUCAGCUUGGUUAACUACCGGUUUUUCAAGUCCAAGGUCGACAUUAUCGGGAACUUCAUACCAGGAGUCCUCUUUAUGCAGAGUAUCUUUGGAUACCUCAGUUUGGCCAUUAUAUAUAAAUGGAGUGUUGACUGGAUCAAAAUCGACAAGCCUCCUCCAGGGUUGUUGAACAUGUUGAUCAAUAUGUUUUUGGCACCUGGCAAAAUCGAAGAUCAACUCUAUCCGGGCCAGGCAUUUGUACAGGUGGUGUUGGUGUUGAUUGCAUUAGUGUGCGUGCCUUGGUUGUUAUUAUACAAGCCUCUUACUUUGAGAAACCAGAAUAAAAAUGCCGUGGAAUUGGGAUACAAAGACUUGCAUUCGCAAGAAUUGCACACCAUACAACUCCAAGAAGAAGCAGCAGCCCUUUCUUUUGAGCUCGAUGCCGAUGAUGACGACCUCAACCAUGACCCCGAGGACGUGGAUGUCUUUGGCGACAAUUACCGGUUCCCUAACGACAUUGAGCCGUUAUACAACAAUGCUGCGGCUCACGGAGACGACGGCGAGCAUUUUGAUUUGGGAGACGUCGUGAUCCACCAGGUGAUCCACACGAUUGAGUUUUGUUUAAACUGUGUGAGUCACACGGCGUCAUACUUGAGACUCUGGGCGUUGUCGUUGGCACAUGCACAGUUAUCGUCGGUGUUGUGGUCCAUGACCAUCAGCAAGGCCUUUCUGAUGACGGGAGGAAUAGGGGUGGUGAUGACGGUGUUUCUCUUUGGGUUCUGGUUUGUGUUGACGGUAUGUAUCUUGGUGCUUAUGGAAGGAACCUCAGCCAUGUUACACUCGUUGAGGUUACACUGGGUGGAAGCGAUGUCCAAAUUUUUCGAAGGAGAGGGAUAUGCAUACGAGCCGUUUGCAUUGGAUAGCCUUAUGUAA